GAGCGCGCUUACGAUAACAAAAGAGGGAAAAGAGGAUACGCUGGACUGAGGGGAAGCCCUUUUGUCCGGUUUGGCUUAUCUGUUGGCUAAUAUCGGUGCUGAGUACGGUUCUCUGCUGUUGCAGCCCUAAGGAAGACUUGUAGAGCGGCGUAUCUUUAAAACAGAACGGGUGUUCUUUGCCUUCGCUUUCUUUCUUUGUUGUAUAGGAGCCUCGGAAAUCUCCAUACUUCACUUCUUCGGCGAAAGUCGUGGCCUUUGAAAAUGGGCUUCGAGUACGAAAGGGUCGACAGCAACGCUUCAGAUCCUGAGCUAUCCACAUCCAAAGACGCCCACGAGGACGAGAUCUUGUUGCAAAGCAGCAAUACAGAACAAUCCAAAGCCGGUCGAAAUAUCUUUGUCAGAGGAACUAAGCGACUACUAUCAUCUCCCAAAACUCGUAUCGCUCGAGAUAUCCUCAUGUGCCUGCUCGCUCUAUGGGGCUUAAUCAGCAUCGUUCACAAUAUUGUUCUCGCAGCACGCCGCAACGCGCCACGAAAGCACUGCUAUUGCGGCAACUCAACAGCUGAAGCGAUAUCCCUUGGCUGCAAGUUCGACUCUCUAGCAGCAGCCUGGUUGCCCCCCUACUGCCGCGAUGACGAAUUAACAGCCGAGUUCGAGAGAUCGGGUCCUGGGCCGGAUGGAAGCUGGGAUUAUUUUGCCGACGACUACCACAAGAUACCGAUGACCCUCGAGGAGGUCGCAGCCCUUGGAGAUAAUCAGAGUGCGAAGGUGACGAUGACACGGGAGUGGCAUGUGGUACAUUGUCUUUUCUACUGGAGGAAGCAGUUCCGCGUGCGGUUUAGGGAGGCGCGCGGCGGUAUUAUAGAGCCGAGCUUUGAUAGCGAGACUCAUAUUAAUCAUUGUAUUUCGGUUAUCUUGGAGGAUAGUUGGGGGACUGAGGCGAGGAUUGCGCUGGAUUCUUGAACAUAUCUUUUCUGGAUCUGUACUAAGAGUGGCCA